AUGACGGCUGAUGUGAGACGCAUGUUGGAAGUGCGGCCUCGAGGCCACAUCGGCCAUGGUCUCUCCAACACGGAGGGAAGAGUCUUGGAGAUUAUGUUAAGAGAAAAUGGGGUUCGCGGGGCCUUCCUGGUCAUUGCAGGGUUCCUGAGGAUGAUUGCCCAUAUCCUCAUAGACACUGCUACUCUCCUGGAAAUCGUGGAAUACGAUGUCCCGCAAGAUGCCACCCCCAUCAGAGAAGUUCCUGCCGACGAUGUCCUUGUCGAGGUGGACGAGGGUGAAGAGGAAAGUUGUGAAGCGGAGAUUGAUGAUGAAGAGACCCUGGGCGAUGAGGCCGCUCACCCGGAGGAGAUGGUGAUGAACGACAUCGUGGACGAGGGUGGGCUGGAUGGCUUGGAGGACGAACAUCCAGAAGGAGGCCUGGAAUCCGAAAAUGAGGAGUUUGCUCUCAUGCAGACCGAAAGACCUGGAGCUCCGAAAGAGGCCGUGGACGCAGCCAAAAGUGCGGUGGCGGCCAUCAAGUGGCUGUACAAAUACCACCGAAGCUCUCUUGGAGGCCUCCGUGACCAAGCCAGACGAGCCUACAGCAGCAAGCUUCCUGUGCUGGCUAUACUAGGCCGCGAGCUGGUGGCAUGGUUGCGAAGCUUGGAGCCCACACCCAUGUGGGCUGCAGGGAAGAUGACCCAACAGCUACGAAGGACAUGGUGUGUCAUUCGCAAUGUAGCGCGAAGAGUGCAGAAGACUAUCCAACACCGACCUGGCAGCAACUUGGAAGACACGGAGAUGAUGUCCCUCAUGCAGACGAAUAUCAAGGACAAGUUCGUGACUAGAAUUGAUGAGGAUCUGGCCUACACGGGUGAGAGCUGGUGGCUAGUGAUGCUACAAAAGGACCUUGGCAACCUGAAGGCCAGGGGGGUCCUCAUAGGGGCUCACGUAGCGCAGCUGGUCGCCAGAAUGGAGGCCAUGGCAGCGGCCCUGAUGCCCAAUGCCUCUGGACCGGCAGCCGACAGGUACGCAAUGCUGAUGGCCAUGCUUCAGAUGUAUGCCAAUGAAUUGUCCGACGAAUCGGUUGACAUCUCUGACGAAUGGUCGGAAACCUGGUCGAGACGGCUCCAGUGUUUUCUCCUCCCCCGUGGUGUGGCUAGCGUCAACGAAGACGCGGUUCUACUUGCGGACUCUCAAGUGCAAGAGGCCGACCUUGCGGAGGACUUCGCUGCCCAGGAAGUCGUCGCCCUCCAGCGCGAGUUCAUGGCGGUCAGGCUUGAAAAGGCUAAAGCUGUGCACAGGCAGCGCGAAGCAGCCAAACAACAAGCUUGGGAUGACUGGGCGUUUUUCGAGGAGAUGAACCGUGACUACCGCCCCUACACGAGAACCAGGACCUUUCAAAUGGUGGACCAGGUUCGCGAUAUGGCGACACAAACUGGCGAGAGCGAAGCCGCGUCUAGCUCCGCAGACGCCAGAAGAAUGGUCCCUGCGAACUUGGAAGGGGACGAUGAGCAGACGGAAGAGGACUCCAAGGCAAACUGGUGGACCCUCCUCGGUGACGGCAUCGGCUAA